GUACAAAAAAAAAAAAAAUGCUAAUGCCAGCCAUUGCAAGUACCCAUUCAAGGCUUGCCAAGUGACCCUUCUAGCACCCCUUCAUCCAGGCAACUCCCUAUAGGACAGGGCUUGGGGGUGGGAGCCCCUUUCAAACACACCCCGUGCCAGUUCCAAUCCCACUAGGCAAGUUGGUCCUCCCCCAGGUACUAGUGCCUGUCCAGGCAGGAGCUGGCUUGAUAAAAAGGAACGAGAGGUUUUCCCUGGACAGCCCUCGGGAGGUGGCAUGUAAAGUGGGAGCUACAGUCCACAGAGCAGAGAUGGGAAAGCAUUUUCGUGUGUGUGAAUGUGAUACUACCAUGGGGGCAGGGCUCACAAGUCUGUAGAGGCUCGUGGGGCCACCUGGAAGGCUUCCUGAAAGAAGGGUGUCCUGGCUAGUAGCAAGAGAGAGAGACACAGGAUCUCUAGGGGCAAGGGCACAGACUAAAGUGAGACCCAGGUGUCCCUGUCUGAGUCUGUGCCUCUGGCCACCCCCUCCCCCCCCCAGCCUCCCUGCGGCUCCCUGCGGCCAGCAGCUCUGCAGCACUCUGCUCAGCUCCGCUCCAGGAAGGCCACCUCCUCCCUACCCUCCUCCUCCCCCUCCUCUGCCUGCUGUCACCACUCACCGCUCAUAGCCUCGAGGGGGUGGGGACCCCAGGGCUGGACACACCCCACCGUGGCCCCAGAGCUCAGCUGGUCGGACAGACGCACAGUCGGAUACAAGGACCCCGGAGCCCCGAGGUGGGCAGUGUGCCAGGGUCCCUCGCAGCCUCCUCAAGCCCUGUCCAGGCUAUGGGCAUCAAGACAGCACUGCCUGCAGCUGAGCUGGGUCUCUACUUCCUGGUGCUGAGUGGGUCCCUGGCCUAUGCUGGCCGGGGCCUCCUUGAAGCAUCCCAAGAUGGGGCCCACAGGAAGGCCUUCCGGGAGUCUGUGCGACCCGGCUGGGAGUACAUUGGCCGGAAGAUGGAUGUAGCUGACUUUGAGUGGGUGAUGUGGUUCACUUCCUUCCGAAAUGUCAUCAUCUUCGCCCUCUCUGGACACGUGCUGUUUGCCAAACUCUGCACAAUGGUUGCCCCCCAGCUCCGCUCCUGGAUGUAUGCUGUGUACGGAGCCCUGGCUGUGAUGGGCACAAUGGGCCCUUGGUACCUGCUGCUGCUGCUUGGCCACUGUGUGGCCCUCUAUGUGGCCUCACUCUUGGGUCAACCCUGGCUCUGUCUUGGCCUUGGCCUGGCCAGCCUGGCCUCCUUCAAGAUGGACCCCCUCAUCUCCUGGCAGAGCGGGUUUGUAACAGGCACUUUUGAUCUUCAAGAGGUGCUGUUUCAUGGGGGCUGCGGCUUUACUGUGCUGCGUUGCACCAGCUUCGCACUGGAGAGCUGUGCCCACCCUGACCGCCGCUACUCCCUAGCUGACCUGCUCAAGUACAACUUCUACCUGCCCUUCUUCUUCUUUGGGCCCAUCAUGACCUUUGAUCGCUUCCACACUCAGGUGAGCGAGGUGGAACCAGUGAGGCCCGAGGGCGAGCUGUGGCGCAUCCGGGCCCAGGCAGGUCUCAGCGUGGUGGCCAUCAUAGCAGUGGACAUCUUCUUUCACUUCUUCUACAUCCUCACCAUCCCCAAUGACCUCAAGUUUGCCAAUCGCCUCCCAGACAGCGCCCUCGCUGGCCUGGCCUAUUCAAACCUGGUGUAUGACUGGGUGAAGGCUGCGGUCCUCUUUGGUGUCGUCAACACCGUGGCGCGCCUGGACCACCUGGACCCGCCUCAGCCUCCUAAGUGCAUCACUGCUCUCUAUGUCUUUGGGGAAACACACUUUGACCGGGGCAUCAAUGACUGGCUUUGCAAAUAUGUGUAUGACCACCUUGGUGGGGAACACUCUGCAGUGAUCCCAGAGCUGGUGGCCUCAGUGGCCACAUUUGCCAUCACCACUCUGUGGCUUGGGCCUUGUGACAUUGUCUACUUGUGGUCAUUCCUUAACUGCUUUGGCCUCAACUUUGAGCUCUGGGUACAGAAGCUGGCAGAGCACGGGCCUCUUGCACAAGUUGAGGCCCGUCUGUCAGAGCAGAUGUCCCGUAGGGUCCGGGCUCUUUGUGGGGCCAUAAACUUCUGGGCCAUCAUCAUGUACAACCUUGUGAGCCUGAACAGCUUCGAGUUCACAGAACUGGUCGCCCGACGUCUGCUACUUACAGGGUUCCCCCAGACCACGCUGGCCAUCCUGUUUGUCACCUACUGUGGUGUCCAGCUGGUGAAGGAACGUGAGCGAACCCUGGCACUGGAGGAGGAGCAGAGGCAGGACAAAGAGAAGCUAGAGUAGGUGGGAGGGUGCUCCUGGGUCCCAGGCCCAGGCGGGGCCAGACAGGGCCUCAUUGACAGAAUAAAAGACUUUUCUACCACA